AAACUUUGCCAGACGAUAGAAACCAACAUCUUCAAUAACCAUGCCUGCAGGCUGCAGAGACAGGCAGAGGCAGGCUUCUUCCUUCAGCAAGCCAACGGAACUCACUCUAGCUCUUGCUGUCACAGAACUUAUACUGCUGGUUCACUUUUUGCGUCACAAGCACCAUCACCAUGGACCCUCCAAGAAUCUCACACUUGCAUUGAACCAAGCAUUAAUCUUCUUUGAUGCUCAAAAGUCUAGGAAUUAUCCGAGUAAUAGUACGAUUAAGUUUCAAGGAAAUUCAGGAUUGCAAGAUGGGGACUCAAGUAAAACUCAUGCUGAUCUAAUGGGUAUUUUUUAUGAUUCUGGCAACAACAAUAUCACGUUUACUUUCCCCAUGGCUUUUACCAUCACCCUCUUGGGUUGGUCUGUGAUUGAAUACCAUCAGAAAUAUUCUGAUAUAGGCAACAUUGUAUUCACAGGCAAGCCAUAUGUUUAUGAAUUAGGCAUCAGCGUUCUGGUUGGAAGUACCAGAACUGAUGUGGAUAGCGAUAUAAAAUGCUGGCAAAGGCCUGAGGACAUGAGAUAUAAGAGACCAGUUUCUGUUUGUGAUGGCGCAGCUUCAGAUUUGGCAGUCAGAAAUUUUGCUGGAGCAGUCGAUAGUGAAACUGAAUCUGAGAAAGGGAUUUUCUAUUGGAACAACAAGCUUACUGCUAGUGCGGUUAAUUACAUACUAGGAGAUAAUCCAAUGAAGAUCAGCUACAUGGUUGGUUUUGGACCUUUGGUGACCAUUUUCCAACCAAAGUUCAUCACAGAAGUUCAUCAGUGCAUUGGGACAGUCAACAUUAUCCUUGUUCUGGAGAUGAAUGGUUGCAUUCUAAAGACCCAAAUCCAAAUAUCCUAGUGGGAGGAUUGGUAGCUGGACCAGACAAAUUUGAUAAUUUCUUUGAUGAAAGAGAGAAACCAUGGUUCACAGAACCUAGCAUAGCAAGCAAUUCUGGUCUGGUUGCUGCACUUAUAGCACUUCAUGAUCCUCCUUGUAGUUCUUCUUCUGGUGGCUUUAAUUUGGGCAUAGACCAGAUGGGGAUCUUUGAAAGUAUUCAUUAAUUUCUGAUCUUUCAAAUUAGGAAGAUAUUGAUUCUUAACAAAACAUCAUGGCAAUG